AUGACUCAGGUUGAUACUGAGGACAACUCUGCCAAUUUUCGAAAUUGGCUGAAAGUGAGAAGACCGCAUCUUCUGCGAGAAGAGCAUUUGACUUCAAUAACUGCUUUGAGCAUUUCUCAUGUUGAAAAACUGGCGUUCCUACCGACAUGGUUUACUCGAGAUUUGAGGGAACUCAAGAAAUUGGACAUUAGCAACUGCCAAGAACUCAUAACAUUGUCGCGGAAUAAGGGGCUGCCUUGCAUGACGAGACUCGAGUACUUAACAAUUUCAAAUUGUGGAAUGCUGAAGAAACUGCCACAAGAUCUGCACACAUACACAUCUCUUGGGGUGCUUAAAAUCUACAGUUGUGAGAGUCUGAUCUCUUUUCCAAUGAAAGGUUUGCCAUCUAUGCUGAGAGAACUUGGGGUUUCAGGGUGUGAUGCUUUGGAGUCCCUACCCGAGUUGAUGACACUCAAUAAUCUGCAAGAGUUGCUGAGGAAGAGAUCAAAAUUGAUUGUCCAUCUCUUGAAGAUAUUGAAAUUACGCGUUGCAGCAGUCUCAAAUCUUUACCUGAAGCCAAUAAUCUCAAGAAUCUCAGUCAAUUGCAGAUAUACGAUUGUUAUAAUCUGGAGCCCCUGUCACUUGGUGGUCGUGAUGAGAACAACAACAUCAACCAACGCACUUCGCUUCAGAAGCUGUGUUUAG